GUUUGUUUGCGUGUGUCUGUGUUGUGUGGGAGAGUGCCCUGAGUGUACCUUUCCCCUAUCUCUCGCCGGCGCUGUCGUCGGAAUUUCCGUUAUUGAUUUUCUCCGGUAACCCGGAAUCGAUUGAAUUUUCGAAUCCCUAAUUGUUUGAUAUUACGAUUAAGUGUUUUUUAUCAAUUCAAAAUACCCAUUCUUUUUUGUUAUUGAGUCGUUGUGAUGGACGAUUAUGCGAGUAGCGACGACGAAUAUCAUUACUCCUCCGAUCAGGAUGAUUCCAUCGAUGCCUUCGAAAACGACGACCAAGAUUACCCCUUGCUCAAUUCCAAGGGUCCCACUACUCAGGUGAUUACAAAGGAAUCACUGCUCGCUGCACAGAAAGAGGAUUUGCGUAGAGUGAUGGACAUGCUUUCCCUUAGAGAGCAACAUGCACGUACACUGCUUAUUUUUCAUCGUUGGGAUGUGGAGAAGUUGUUUGCAGUUUAUGUAGACAAGGGGAAAGCAUUUCUGUUUGCUGAAGCUGGUGUUAGUGUUGAUGAACAUCGUGACUCUAAUUCACCUGUUAGUUCUUCAGUAAUGUGCGAAAUCUGCAUAGAGGAUGUUCCUGGUGAUGAAGCAACAAGAAUGGACUGUGGUCACUGCUUUUGCAACAACUGUUGGACAGAGCAUUUUCUUGUCAAGAUAAAUGAGGGUCAAAGUAAACGAAUUAGAUGCAUGGCACACAAAUGCUAUUCCAUUUGUGAUGAAGCUGUUGUAAGAACUCUGCUCAGUAGAAAGCACCCUGAUAUGGCAGAGAAAUACGAACGCUUUCUUCUUGAAUCCUACAUUGAAGACAAUAAGAGAGUUAAAUGGUGUCCUAGCACGCCUCAUUGUGGGAAUGCAAUACGCAUUGAGGAUGAUGAAUUAUGUGAGGUAGAAUGUUCAUGUGGUUUACAAUUUUGUUUUAGUUGCUUGUUAGAAGCACACUCCCCUUGUUCAUGUUUGAUGUGGGAGCUUUGGGCUAAGAAGUGUCGAGAUGAAUCAGAAACUGUUAAUUGGAUAACUGUUCAUACGAAGCCUUGUCCAAAGUGCCACAAACCGGUGGAGAAGAAUGGCGGUUGUAACUUGGUUAGCUGUAUCUGUGGCCAAGCAUUUUGUUGGCUGUGUGGUGGAGCUACUGGGCGAGACCAUACUUGGUCAAGUAUAGCUGGUCAUAGCUGUGGUCGCUACAAAGACCAUGAAAAAACAUCUGAACGGGCAAAGCGGGAUCUAUAUCGAUAUAUGCACUAUCAUAACCGUUAUAAAGCUCACACAGACUCCUUUAAGCUUGAAAGUAAACUGAAAGAGACUAUACAAGGGAAGAUUGCUAUUUCAGAAGAAAAAGAUUCUACACUCAGAGAUUAUAGCUGGGUAAAUAAUGGACUCUCCAGACUAUUCAGAUCCAGGCGUGUCCUAUCAUAUUCAUAUGCAUUUGCAUUUUAUAUGUUUGGAGAUGAGCUUUUUAAGGAUGAAAUGUCAGAAGCUCAAAGGGAAAUAAAACAGAACUUGUUUGAGGAUCAACAGCAGCAACUUGAGGCAAAUGUAGAAAAGCUCUCUAAAAUUUUGGAGGAGCCAUUUGAAACCUUUUCAGAUGAUAAGGUUAUGGAGAUAAGGAUGCAGAUAAUCAAUCUGUCGACAAUUAUCGACAAACUUUGUCAAAAAAUGUAUGAGUGCAUCGAGAAUGAUUUAUUGGGUUCUCUCCAUAUUGGCAUGCACAGUAUAGCUCCAUAUAAGUCAAAGGGUAUAGAGAGGGCAUCAGAACUUUCAGUUUGUUGGAGCAAUAAAGCAAAUAAUACUGAGAAUCAUCACCUUCCCUCUGAUUAUUGUAUAUGCUGCAAGCGUGUAGGUGGAACGGCAGAAGUUGAUCGGCCUUCUGGAUCGGGGAGUUCAGAUGAGGGUGGAUGUUCUUCUCGUAAGCGUGCUAGAAAAGAGGGUCUUGGAGGUGGUGGUGGUGGUGGUUUUUUUGAUCUAAACUUGCCAGCAGAGCUUGUAGACAGAAAUUGACGACUUGAGUCCCUUAUAUAUAAUACAUACUGGCGUACAGGUCUAACAUAUAUUUGCUUUGCUGGAAUUAAUUAUUUUGAAUAUCACACUAAUCUCAGCAAGGUCUGCUGAGAUAUGUUUCCAAAGUUCCUUAUUCCUACCUCGUCUGCCUUUUCUUUUCUAUUUGAAAUCCUAGCUGUAUAUAGCCUCAAUGGGGCUUUUAUAUGCUACUAGUUUAUGUAAAUGUCUACUUGGGAAUUUCUAGCAGCAGCACCCUUGAGGCCAACUAGGAUGUUUUUAUUCUUAUCUUAUGGAGUUACAUUACAUGUGAAGGUAACUUCACUGAUUUUUCUUCUCUUCUCUGUUUUUCGGGGUUUUUUUUUUUUGGUUAAAGAUAAAGUUAGCAACUGCUCUCUCUCUCUCUCUCUCUCUGCGUUUUGUGUAUUUUUUUUUU